CACUCGCCAGGUGAUGCCAUCGAAUGGUACUAUCAGUAUCAAACAAUGUACCUACGUCUGAUGGCGGAAAACCAGUUGACGAAAGAGACAACAACGAGAACAACAGCAACCGAAAAUCAAACAAGUGAUUGUCCCGGUAAUAUUGCCACUAAGAAAAUUCAAAAUGGCCAACCAUUGACAGAAGUCAGCAGCAACCAGGUAACCGCGAGUAAUCGCGAUUCCUAUUACUAUUGUCAACGUUGCGGUAAUGCCUACACGAGACCGCACUCGUUAAACAGACAUAUGAAAUUUGAGUGCGGUGUGGAGCCACAAUUCGAAUGUCCUAUCUGCCACAAGAAGUCCAAACACAAGCAUAAUUUGCUGUUACAUAUGAGAACUCAUAAAAAAUCUUAGACCAUUUGGUGCCAUUGAAUGUUAUGCGAGGAGA